CUAAUUGCAUAUUAUCGACAACAUAUCAGUUUACCGCCACAAACUCAAGAGAGCUGCAGAAAAAAUAUUUAUUUCCUUUCUUUAACAACUAAUAUAGUUAUAGCUUAUAAUGUUAGCCAAUCCUUCAGGUGGCAGCGUGCCCGACAAGGCGUGGCAACCACAUUUCGUAACUCUUGAAACAUCCAUGGGCGAAAUAACCGUGGAGCUGUACUGGAAACAUGCACCAAACACAUGCUAUAACUUUGCGGAGCUGUCCCGGCGCGGAUAUUAUAACAAUGUAGUGUUCCAUCGCAUUAUUCGCGAUUUCAUGAUACAAGGCGGCGAUCCAACGGGUACUGGCCGUGGCGGCACCUCAGUUUAUGGAGGAGAAUUCGCAGAUGAGUUGCAUAGUGACCUUAAGCACACUGGUGCUGGAAUAUUGUCAAUGGCGAACUCUGGCCCAGACACAAAUGGUUCACAGUUCUUCAUUACGCUGGCUCCCACGCAGUGGCUGGAUAAUAAGCACACAAUUUUUGGACGUGUUUACACUGGUAUGGAGGUAGUGAAGCGUAUUGGUAUGGUGGAAACUGAUAAGAAUGAUCGACCCGUGGAUCCGCUUCGAAUUAUUAAGGCCAAAGUAGAAAAACUGUAACACAAUACUACCGAAUAUUCAAUAAAUAUUAAAUUAAGGCAUUGUAAUAACAAAUUU